AUGCAGGUCCAGCGACACGCCCGCGCGGCGGUCCGCGCCCUCUGCUCCCGGUGGCAAACUGGCACGCCCGCCCAGCUCGGCCUGCGGGGCGUAGCGGGAUCCAGCGCGGGGCGUAAUGCUGAGCCCGCCCCUCAGCCCGAAUCGGGACCAUCCGCCUUGCCGGACUGGCGGUCGCGCCUGGGCGUCGUGCGCACAGACUGGAGCCGUGAGGAGGUCGGGGAGGUGUACAACACCCCCCUGCUGGACCUGGUGCACACCGCCGCGGUGGUGCACCGUGCCAACAACGACCCCGCCAUGGUCCAGCGCUGCACACUGCUAUCCAUCAAGACGGGGGGCUGCCCCGAGACCUGCAACUACUGCAGCCAGUCCAGCUCGUGGAGCAAGGAGACCGGGACUAAGGCCGAGAAGCUGAUGGACCUGGACGCCGUGUACGAGGCCGCGGUGCGCGCCAAGGAGGCCGGCUCCACCCGCUUCUGCAUGGGCGCGGCCUGGCGCGGCCCCUCCCAGGUCGGCCCCCGCCAGUUCCAGCGUGUUCUGGAGAUGGUGCGUGGCAUCCGCGGCCUGGGCAUGGAGGUGUGCACCACGCUGGGCAUGCUGACCCCCGACCAGGCGGCCGCGCUGCGCGAGGCGGGGCUCACCGCCUACAACCACAACCUGGACACCUCGCGCGAGUACUACGGCAAGGUCACCACCUCCCGCAGCUACCAGGAUCGGCUGGACACCAUCGACACGGUGCGCCAGGCAGGCAUCUCGGUCUGCGCCGGCGGCAUCAUCGGGCUGGGCGAGGCACACCUCGACCGCGUGGGCCUGCUGCACCAGCUGGCCACCCUGCCCGCCCACCCCGAGUCGGUGCCCAUCAACGCACUGGUGGCAGUGGCGGGGACGCCCUUUGCCGGGCAUGCGCCGCCCAGCGGCCUGGACAUGGUGCGCUGCGUGGCCACCGCCCGCGUGCUCAUGCCACGCACGGUGGUGCGGCUGUCUGCAGGCCGCCUCACGCUGUCCUUUGCCGACCAGGCGCUGUGCUUCCUGGCCGGCGCCAACAGCAUCUUCGACGGCGACAAGCUGCUGACCACGCCCAACAACGACCGGGGCGAGGACGAGCAGCUGUUCGACCUGCUGGGCCUGAAGAGCCGGCCCGCCUUCCUGCCCUACGCCUCGGGCGCCGCCAGCUCGGCCGCCUUCCAAGAGGCGGGCGCGGGGGGGUGCGGCAGCGCAGCCGCGACCCAGCAAGCCUCGGCCACCGCCUGA